AAAACAAGACUAGUAAGUAAGAGAUAAAAGCGCAGCAAAAAUAAUAUAGAACAGUUAAAUUAGAACAAUUUCAGAAGUUUGAAACCUAAUAGUCGAAAUAAAGAAGUAAUGACUGUUUUGGUUUCGGUACAGUGUACUUCAAAAGUUUAAUAGAUUUUUUUUAAGCCUUUUUCUAUUGUUUCCUUUUCCUUUAACAAAGAGUUUUUUUUUCUGAAACGCUGUGAUUUCAUGUCUUAACAAACAAAAAAUCUAACAUGGAGGAUUUCUGUGUUCUUUUGGUUUUCCAGCCUGAGUUUAGUCUCAAAAUAGCAGACGCUUGAGAUGAUGGCAGACUGAUCCAAAAAUAAAUAAGUGGAGGAACGUACUUCAGUUAAAUGAUAAACUGUAAAAUGCUGUUGAAACUCCAGCAGCUUCUGUGGUUUGAUGCUUCUGUCUCCAAAUUCAUGCAUUCCACAUAUUUAAAUAGGAAGAAGCUCAUUUAUUUUAAAAUAUAUUUAAUUUCCUGAUUAAAAUCUGCAAAGUGUGAAGAUCCAGAGGACCUGGAAGCUUUCAGCUGCUAUCAACAGCAUGCAUGACACGAAGAAGCGGGUAACAUUUGUGUAACAGCAGCCGGCCUCCGAGCCGAGCCAGAGCCAAAUUUAGCCUGAUUUAUGAGACUGUUUUGUUUGACUUGAUGAUUUUACUUCUUAAACGUCGAUGCGAUAGAAAAGCCUUUCUGUGUGAGCACAUGUGCUGCAUCACUUAACGUCUAGAGUGUCAACCAGCAGAGAUAGAUUUGACUGAUGUUUUUAUUUCUUUGCUUAGAUUUACCCCAUUGACCCCACAUUACCCCCACCCACACCCCACUGAAAACACACCUGUCAGAUCAUUGGUUCCCAACACCACGGCCCCGCCUCCACACUGCCUUCUUUAUAAAGACGUCCGAGCAGGACAGCUGAGUUUCCCCAUCAGUUCCUCCAUUUUGAAACUUCCUUCACUUUCAGUUUUAUUUCUAUUUUGCUAAAGUUAUUGUAAAUUUCCACAUUUGAGAGGAACGUCCUUUAAAGCUGUCAGAAAGCCUCUCUCUGCUCGAUUUGUGUCAUCUGCAAACGCUAAUGGAUCUCCCGGACUUCCCCUUCCCUCUCUCCUCCACCGUUGACCUCUAUGACCCCUGUUUUGCCACCAGUGACCUGAACUUUUUUGAGGACCUGGACACCCGACUGUCACACAGCAGCCUGCUGAAGAUGGAGGACCAAAGUCACUGCCACGUUCCAACUGCAGAGGAGGAGGAGGAGGAGGAGGAGGACCAGCACGUGAGGGCCCCCGGGGGCCCCCACCAGGCCGGACACUGCCUGCUCUGGGCCUGCAAGGCCUGCAAGAGGAAGACGACGCACGCAGAUCGAAGGAAAGCUGCAACCAUGCGGGAGAGACGGAGGCUCAGCAAAGUCAACAACGCUUUUGAGACGCUGAAACGCUGCACAGCAUCCAACCCCAGCCAGCGCCUCCCCAAGGUGGAGAUCCUGCGCAACGCCAUCAGCUACAUCGAGUCCCUGCAGGCCCUGCUGAGGGACGAACAGGACGACAGCUUCUGUCCUCCACUGGAUCAGUUCAGCAGCGAGUCUGACGCCUCUAGUCCACACUCCACAUGCUCUGAGGGCGCGAUGGAUUUUAUCCGUUUGAGUUGUGGUAGAGCUGAAAACAGCGAGGCCUCCUGCAACCAGACAGCUGACGGCUUCAGCAGGAAGACGUCAAUCAUAUCCAGUUUGGACUGUUUGUCCAACAUUGUGGAGAGGAUCAGCUCCGACCCAGCUGCAGGUCCGGGGUCGCCUAGCAGCACCCUUGCUGCCCCCAAUUCCCCUGCAGAUCCCUGCAGCAGCUGAACCCCCGCCUCCAGGAAGAACCACUGCAAACCCAUCUUUCUUCAGAACUCAAUCAGCUAAAGCCCUCCCCGACUUAUGGAGCAGAUGAAGACAUUUCAAAAGCAGCUUCCACAGUUCCAGGAGUGUUUUUCAGAAAAUAAAAGUUGAAUCUUUAAAGCAUAAAAGGAGAAUUUGCAAAAAAAAAAAGAAAAAAAAGCUAAUAG